AUGGCGGAGCCCGGCGCGGGCCGGAGCGGCGCUGGGGCGGCGGCGAUGGCGGAGGGCGACAGCCAGGGGAUCGACAGCGUGGCCGGAGGAGAGGCCGCCGCUGCGUCGUCGUCGUCGCCGCCGCGCUCCCCUCCGGCGGCCGUUGCGGGGGGGGGCGGCGGGGCGAAGCCGCUGAGCGCGGCGGAGUACGCGCGGCGGGUGCACCAGUGGCUCUGGGACUCGUACUGCGGGUACCUCAGCUGGCAGGGCUGCCUGCCCGCCCUCCUCGCCGCCUCCGCCGCCGCCGCGCCCUGCAGUAAAAUCUGGGUAAUGUUAACUAUUUCUGUUACAGGUCGGGAGUUCAUUAUCCCUUCGCUGGCACACAGGUUCAUAGCAGAGAUGGUGGAUUUUUUUAUUCUGUUCUUUAUAAAGGCAACCAUUGUUUUAAGUAUUAUGCACCUCAGUGGAAUAAAGGACAUCUCUAAAUUUGCUAUGCAUUACAUCAUAGAAGAAAUAGAUGAAGAUACAUCCAUGGAGGAUUUGCAGAAAAUGAUGAUAGUAGCUCUCAUCUACAGGUUAUUAGUCUGCUUCUAUGAGAUUAUCUGUAUUUGGGGAGCAGGUGGAGCAACCCCAGGGAAAUUCUUGCUUGGACUGCGAGUUGUGACAUGUGAUACAUCUGUACUUAUUGCGCCCAGCCGUGUGUUAGUUAUCCCAUCUUCCAAUGUCAGUAUGACAACGUCCACAAUACGAGCUUUGAUCAAGAAUUUUUCUAUUGCUUCAUUUUUUCCUGCGUUCAUUACACUGCUGUUUUUCCAGCAUAACAGAACAGCCUAUGAUAUUGUAGCAGGGACUAUUGUGGUAAGAAGAAAUGGAGUCAGAUGAUACCAAAAGAUGAGAUCUCCAGACUGAACAUCCCCUCCCACCCCCAGUGAACAAAGACCUACCCCAAAACUGAAAUAGAGGUAUCUAUCAGAAUCUUUUGCCCAAGUUAAAUGGGAACUGAUUCAGAAGCUAAAGAAAAUGUUUUGCUCCAGUAUGAUGCCAGCAGCUACCUUCAAAGUAUUGGGAGUUUUCAUAAAUGCCAAAGAAGUUUGGGAGAAACAAUCUCUAUUAAAUCUGGAAGUAUUAACCUCCGACUGAUGAGGAAGAAAGUGGCUGUGUUAACUGCGGAAGGGAGCUGUUCUGUUCGUCAGUCUGUGGAAAGCAGAUACCUAGAAAUACUCCACCUUAAAAGACAUGUCACUCCUGCAGUUUUGGAUGUUGGCAGGUAAUGAGAAAAUCAAGUUGAUUUCCAAGCAGUUGCCUAAGUCGUAUGAUGAACUCUGAGGGGAAGAGAACUGCAGUAUUAGACAGUAAGGCAAAUCAUGUUAAUUAAAUUAAUUGCCAUGUGUGUAGAAGGAGAGAUGAGCAGUGUUUAUCAUGUCCCUUACCUGCUUCACAGAUCAUAUUCCCUCACCUCUUUAAGUAUUUUAUUAGAACA